AGAGAGAGAGAGAGAAGCGGGAUCGAGAUUUUUUCCCCUUUACACGGUCGCCUUAACCGCAAUGAUCGGUCCUGAGGCAGUUACCGCUGGAAUCGGUGCUCCCUCACCCCAUUGAAUAUUCUCUCUCCUCUUGUGCUACAGCCCCGCAUCAGAUAUUUUUAGAUAGAUCUGUAUAUGAGAGAUCAGAUUUUUCUAAGAUAGUAUCUGAGAGAGAGAGAGAGAGAGAGAGAUGGGAUUGAUGGGAGACGUAUCUUUGAGCUGUGAUUUGGAUGGGGAAGUGACGGAUACGAACAAGGAUCCGUCGCUCGUCGGAUGGGAGAGCUUCGUUCCUCGGAUGCUUCUGAGAGUUCUGUUAGUCGAGGGCGACGAUUCGACUCGGCAGAUCAUCUCCGCUCUCUUGCGGAGAUGCAGUUACAAAGUUGUUGAAGUGGGGAAAGUGAUCUCUGGUUCAAGACCAGAGGACUGUUGAGCUCGCUUCGCAGUAUUGCAUUCCUGAUCUCUAGCAUUUGGCUAGAGGAUUGUUCAGUCUUUUCCCGGAAUCUCGUUCUUUUCUUAUUAGUCCAUUUGAUUCCCCAUUCGGUUGCUGCUGUAUCUGAUGGCUUAAAGGCAUGGGCGAUACUGAAGGAGAAACCUCACAAUAUUGAUCUCAUUUUGACAGAAGUUGAGUUGCCUUCAAUCACAGGCUUUGGCCUUCUUACCAUGAUAAUGGAGCAUGGGACCUGCAAAAACAUUCCUGUUAUAAUGAUGUCUUCACAAGAUUCUAUUAGCCUGGUUUUCAAAUGCAUGCUGAGAGGUGCAGCAGACUUCCUUGUCAAGCCUAUAAGGAAGAAUGAGCUGAGGAAUUUGUGGCAGCAUGUUUGGAGAAGACAAGCAUCUAGCGCUGUCAGACAUGCUCCCCAGGAUGGGAACCUUGCCGAGAGGAAAUUAGAUGCUAUUUCUGGAAACAAUGCUGCCAGUAACCAUUCAAGUGAAUAUGUGGCCUGUGUGCAGAAAGAUUGGGAAUGCAGUGAGAAAGGGAGUGAUACCCAAAGCUCUUGUACAAAGCCAGACAUGGAAGCUGAAAGUGCAUACAUGCAUAAUAUGCAGGAUCCUUGGCAGCUGAAAUGCAAGAGUGCUUCUACCGUGAUUGACAGAAAAGCACAAAAGCAUAAAAAUCAUGAAAGUUGGGCAGGUGAAAGUGAAGAUGAAGUCAAAUUAGCAGAAGCGACUCCUGGUGAUCAAGCACUUAACUCCAAUAGCAAUGUCCUUGAAGAAAAGUGUGAUUGUGCUAGAGUAAUGACGAGUGACGAGGCGGCAACAGCAUGCCACAGAGAGGAUGCUAAUAUUGUGAUUGAGACUGAUGCUUACAACAACAGGCUGGUUGAACCUUCAAGAGAAGCCAUUGACUUGAUUGGAGCAAUUGAUAAUCAACAACAAUGCAGCCAUCGGUACAUAGACCACACUUCUAUUCAUUGCGGUGCUCUGGUGGAUGCAGAAAAACUCCCUGAUGAGAGGGAUUGCAUCAGCAAGUUUUCUUUGCCUCUAUUGGAACUUUCCUUGAGAAGAUCCCAGCUGAGCAGUUGUGAAAACAGAGAGAUUGAGGAAAGGCAUACCUUGCACCAUUCGAAUUCCUCUGCAUUUUCUCGGUACAAUAACAGGACAGUGCAGCCUCCUCCUCUACCAUCGACCAGUCUUAGCACUGAAUCCCGAGACUGUACCAGUGGGCCCCACAAGCCUUUGCCAAGUCAAGGCCAUGACAAUGCCAGCGAUGCUCCCCAAUGGAAUGUAGUCUCACAGAAUAACAAUCAGGAAGAUGCUAACUCUCUCAUCAUUCUUCCUCCUGGUCAAGACAAGAUGGCAUUUCCAUGCCCUCGAAUUGGGGUUAUUCCAGCCCCUAUCCCUAUCAGAGGCACAGCCCAUAAUGGUUUACAUGCUUGCUAUGAUGCUUUAAUGCCACACUUAUUUUAUUCUCAGUCUGGAGCUCCAGUACAGGAUAAAAAUUUAACCAGCCAGCAGGAUGCAACUCAUGAGAAUCUAUCUCGUCCAUCUAAUCCUGACAAUUCCAACUCCGAGCUAAACUUCAGUCAUCAACAUGAUCAAAGUGCAGAUAGGCCCAUUAACCAAGCUGUGCCUGAGCAGGAGCAGAAUUUUGAGUCUAAAAAGGAUCCAGCAUGCAUUACAUCUGCCAUGGGUGAGAGUGGAAGUAGUAGUUUAUGCAAUGGUAGCUUUAGUCAUCUUAACAGCAGUGGGUGUGGGAGUGUUUGCGAUGGCAAUAACAGGAAUGUCACUGCAGCUUCUGCUGUUGGAGCCACUGCAGAGAGUGGGAAUGUUGUGGAGCUCAUCCCUCGUGAUAGAAUGAGGGUAGUUGAUUAUCAGCCGCCCCCUUCGCAAAGAGAGGUGGCCUUGACCAAAUUCCGAUUAAAGAGGAAAGACAGAUGCUAUGGGAAGAAGGUUCGAUACCAAAGCAGGAAAAGACUUGCAGAGCAGCGUCCCCGGGUGAAAGGACAGUUUGUUCGCCAAGUUCACUCCGAUCCUCGCCAUCCAUCUGUAGAAACGGAUGGUUAUCGCUGUGAUUCAAUGGCUGCAUAGUUGCAUGCUUUGUUAAAUGGUUGAACCGGUGCCCAUCUCCCAAUACCAAUGGUCGAAGAUCUUUGACCUCACGAAUUGAGCCAAACUGACAGUAAGUUCCAGUGUUGAACUAUAGUUUUGAUUACAUACAUUUAUCCCUCCUCUUGUGUGGAAAUUCAAUGUCGCGGCGAUCCUCAAGAAACUCUUACAUUCCUCAUGCAAAUUGGUAGUUGAAAGAGCGAGGAAUCAAUGACAAGAAAUUUCAAUCGGUGAGACACAAGCGCCAUUAACGCGUCUUCUCUGCUCUUGUUUCUUACAACCAUUUGUCUUCCAUCCACUGUAAAUAGCAGUCAGUUUAUAAUUUCCACAUGACCUGUUGUAUCAUGUAUGUCAUUCUACUCGUGUAAGGAGGAUGUGUUAUUCUUUUUAUUGUCAAUACAUGUAUGUGAUUUCUGGAACAAUUCUAUUCAUUUAAGAAGUCCUUCGUGUAUGGGCCCUUUUUCUUCGCAUGUAGCAAUGAUUGGAGGUUGCUUUUGCUUUA